AAGAUAAUUGAUUAACAUGCCACUUUUGACUUUUAUACGUAGUAGUUGAAUCUUUUGAAACUAAACUGUUAAUAGCUCAUUGUUUCAUAUUAAUUCAGUUGAGUGACUGGAAUAUUUUUCAUGGAAGCCUAGAAAACUUCACAUUACAAAUUAGACUACAUUUUGGGAUAUAAUAUAAAUAAAGCUAAGGAGCUUUGCCCUCCAAAACAAAUGUAGCCUAUUCUUUUGAGUCAAUGUAAGAAUUACUUUGAUCAUAUAGUGUGACAAUAACGUUAGUAUCAUACUACAUAUACAUUAGACAAUAUUACUAGGUAACCUUUUGUUGCCCCCUGGCUCUGUUGAUCUGUUUAGCAUACCUUACUCUUGAUUUAUUAUUCUGUUGUUGCUAGAAGGUUGAGCAAAAUAUAGGCAGAGCGACUAGGUGUUUAUUUACCUGUUAAAUGUUUGAUAUAGGUGUUUGUGUUGGGCUAUGUAUGUUUAUUUCCUUACCCUUGAUUUAUUAUCCUGCUGUUGUCAGAAGAAGGUUGAGGAAAGUAUAGAGAAAGGUUUGACUCGGUGUUAUUUUAUACUUGUUAGAGGUUUCAUUGGGUGAUCGUAAUGGGUUAGGUUUGUUGGAGGUGAAAUGCUCUUAUAUGUAAUUCUCUGUUUCGCAAUCUAAGGUUUAUUCAGGGCACUCUAACAAAGCAUCCUAAGACUCCUAACUAAAACUGAUCGCAAUCUAUUGUUAUAAAAACUAUAUAAACUGGAUUCAGUUAUUAGGGUUCGCUCUUUACUCCUAAAUUAUUUUAGAAUUCUUGACAAACAUGUAUUACCGGCCUUUAGUUUUUGACCAGGCUGGUGGUCUGGAGGAUGUGGAACUAAAUUGUAGCUACUUAAUGAGUUAAUGGGUUGCUUUAAACGUUCCUUUAAGGUUUGCCUCUCUUUUUUGGGAGAGCUACCAGUUUAGGUGAGGAUUGAUGAUUAUAGUCUGUUGCCUGUUGAAAUUUAUUUGCAAUCAAAACUCUUUGCUUACAACCACUCAGUGAUCGAUUCUUUUUUUUUUUUUUUAAAAUAUUUUAUUGCCUUUUCCCCCCAUCUCUGUUGUACCGAAUUUCCUAGUAUUCCUCACAAGUCAAGCAAGUAACUGUGGGGGGGAGGGUGUGGAGAUUAAAUGCUGUUGGGAAGUCAUUUAUCCAUUCUUUAGUUGUUGUACAAAAUACUGAGGAUUUUCUUUUGUAAAGACUGCUUUAUUUUUGCAUCAAUUGUUUGAGAGUAUUAUUGAAUUACAUGGUGCCUUCUGUAACUGAAGAAACAUGGAAAUCUCUGGUCCUGGAGUCAGAUUUACCUGUCAUGGUUGAAUUUUGGGCUCCAUGGUGUGGGCCUUGCAGAAUUGUCCAACCUGUAAUUGAUGAGUUAUCUAAGGAGUUUGCUGGUAAGCUUAAGGUGUUCAAAGUUAACACUGAUGAGAGUGCAACCAUCGCAUCUGAUUAUGGAGUCCGAAGCAUUCCCACAGUUAUAAUCUUCAAGAAUGGCGAGAAGAAAGAAGCAAUUAUUGGUGCUGUUCCCAAAUCCACUUUAACCUCCAGCAUAGAGAAGUUUUUGUGAACAUGAUAUGUAGUGGAUGCCUAUGAGGGAUUCCAACUUUUCUAGUGCUUCUUUUUUCCCUUUUUUCAUUAGGUAUUAUAUGGUAAUGCUUUGCUAAAACAAUAAAUUUCUGGCGAUCCUGUAUAGUUGAUGCUAUUGUAUUUGGGCUCCUUGGAAGAUCAAGUUAAAUUUUUCGUAGUUGUGGAUACAUUUGUAUCUAUUCUUA